AUGUGUUGUGUCCCUAAAAUCGGUUUUCCCCAUUUUCUCUCCAGUAAUGUUGCCCCGCAGCCUGCGUAUUCGUACUAUCCUGACGAGGAGUUCCAGCAUUUCUACCGCUGGACGUCUCCGCCGGGCAUCAUAAAGAUCAUGUGCGUCAUGUCGGUCAUCUUCUGCGUGGGCAUCUUCGUGUGCGUGGCCUCGACUCUGGCCUGGGACACGGAUGCAGGAGCGGCUGGAUUCGGUGGUUACGGAGGUUCUUACGGAGGCUCAUACGGUGGCUCAUACGGUGGCUACGGGGGAACCGGCUACGGGGGAACCGGCUACGGAAUGGGUGGAUACGGAGGCUAUGGUUACGGGAUCCUCGGCUCUCAGAACGACCCCAGGCAGGGCAAGGGUUUCAUGAUCGCCAUGGCCAUCAUCACCUUCAUCGUCCUGCUCGUCAUCUUCAUCAUGAUCAUCUCGCACCAGAAAGUGGCUCAGGGAAGGAAGUUCUACCUGGCCGUCAUCAUCGUCAGCGCCAUCAUGGCUUUCCUCAUGUUAGUUGCCACCAUAGUCUAUCUGGUGACGGUUUACCCAAUGGCCCAGUCGUCCGGAUCGGUUCAGUUCAAUCAGGUUUACGCCAUGUGCGCCGCUUACCAGCAGCCUCAGAUGACUGGUGGGUUCGUGAACCAGUAUCUGUAUCACUACUGCGUGGUGGAUCCUCAGGAGGCAAUCGCUCUUGUUUUGGGCUUCAUUGUCACCGCGGCCCUCAUCAUCAUCAUGGUUUUUGCCAUUAAAACCCGUCAAAGGAUCAAUAAUCAUGGGAAGGACAACAUCCUGUGGCGCCGCGUGAAAGAAAUGAAUGAUCAAAACUCGCCGCAGGAUGUAGAGGAUUGGGUGAGUAUGAUAUUAUUGUUCUUUGCAUUGCUAGCUGAAGUACAGUCAAACCAAAAUGUAUUCAGACACCUUCAACAUUUCUCACAUUAUCACAGUUUAUUCGGGUCGCUGUGAUUUUUGCCAAGUAAGAUCAACAUUACUGUCCAAAAAUAUAGACUUAACCCAAUCCCUACC